AUGCCGACCAUCAACAUUGAUAGCGCAUUUGGUGGAUUUUCCGUUAUCGAACAAAGGGAACGCAAGGCUAGCAUCGUGUUUGUAGCUUGCAUAUUCGACGGACAGUGUAAUGUACGGCAGCUGCAACAAUCGUACAUGUUAAACAAAUAUGCAAUACAUUUUUUACUGUCCAACAACGCCUCGCAAAUCAUACAGGACCAAGCACUCAGUGAGGCAAAGAAAAAGGGCAUUUUGUUGGUAGUGCAGCUGUUUGAUCAUCAGGUUAAGAAUACGCAUGUUAAGGUACGCUGUGGGGGAUUUUUUUAUACCUCAUACUUAGAGCCUCCGUUAGCAGAAUUGCCAAAUCUGCUGUUCAACGGAACGCUCACGAAACUGGACAACUUUCACUAUCAUGUGGCGGCUGUACCAAUUCCUCCGAACUUUUUCGUUUUUCACGGAAAAAUUGUAGGCUUUGAGGUGGAAAUUUUUCGUUUGAUAAUCGCCCGCCAAAAAGCACAUGCACGGUUCAUGUUUUCGAAAACAUCCGAAGUAGCAGAAGCGCUGCAGCAGUUGUACGUAGGGCAGAUUGAUCUGUUUUUAAAUGUUCUACAAACUAAGCAGUAUUUAAACUUUGUCCAAUCAUUUUGGCAGGUACACCGUCCUUACUGCAUUACCUUGCCGAAAAGGAUGGAACGGAUGCAUCUAGAAGUACUCUUACACCCGUUCGAGUGGCAAAUUUGGUUCGUAUUUCUCAGCGUGUUGUUGUUAAUGCAACUGAUAAAUCUUAUUUUCCCGAAGAAGUUUAAUCACAACCUUAUUAUGAUUUGCUUCUUUGGGAGUGGACCUUCGGAGCAUAUGCUGCCAUCGUCGGCCCGACUGAUGGUUUGUGCUGUGUGUAUAAUAAUAUUUUUACUAACCGAAACUUAUCAAGCAAUUCUACUCUCGCUGAUUGCAUCCAACUCAUACAUGAAAAACCCAGAAACUGUUGACGAGUUUAUGAGCUCUAAUAUGACGCUUUACUUUUUCAAAGGGUUAAUGUACAUGAUGCCGGCCAAAUUGCACCCAUUAAUGUAUAUCAUACCGUCGAGCAUAUCAAUCUACUCCAUGUUUGACAAAGCCACAGUGCAACCCUGUUCAGAUGCAUCAUUCUGGAACACCAAUCCGUUGAAAAUAAAACUUCCAGCAAGGGACGAGCUGAUUGCGCUGCAGCCACCAAUAUUUUAUCUCCCACACUAUGUUACAUUCAAUCACCUGACUCCUCUAGCGCAGGGAUACCAGGAGUAUAUGGAUCGAUUGUUUGAGGUUGGUAUUUACAAUCGUAUACAUAGGAAAUGGUACCCCCAAAAGAUGCAUCGUAAGAAGGAAGCUACAUUUAACGAUUCUAUUGUUUUGACGGAUGAUUUAAUUCCUGUGUGGGAAUUGCUGGGCAUUGGACUGUUGUUUAGUUCAAUUGUAUUUGUAAGCGAGUGGACAACAUUCUACAUCAGAUUACGUUGUAUUAGACAAAAGAAUGCAAAGUAG